AUGGCGAGUCUCAUUAUAGUUAUGCCAUCGGUGUUGCCGAACUUGAAAAUAUUGACUACGACGCGCCAUGAUGCUUACUUGACCCAAACCCGACUCACGACAUGGCUCUCCCAGCAGGUGCCCCAGAAACGCACCCUGUUCGUGACCACGACGCCUCGCGCCCCGCUGAGCAUCAUCAGCCGGCCGACUCAAGCCCCUGGCGCGGGCGGAGUCCUGGUGCAUGUCGAGUGGACGUCGUCGACACCGCUCGACCUGCACCGAGCCGACGGCGGGCUAGCCAUAACCAAGUACCUGUUCUUCAUGGGCAGUUCCUUUGCAGGCACAAUCGUUGCUCUCGGCCCGCCGUUACCAAAAGCCCUGCCCCCUCUUCGCGAUGUGAUUCGGGAGCUGCACGUCGGCGACAAGGUCUUCGGCUUCACCCCGCCGGCGGCCGCGGAGGGGACCUUCCGAACAUACCUCACCGUGCAAGCGUGGGCGGUUAGCAAGCUGCUGCCCGUCAUCCACGUCCACGCAAGCGAGCACAACCCCCCGGUGUACGAGGGCGACGUCAACAAGGUCAUGGUACACGAAUGGAAGGAAGUCGUUGAGCUGAAAGGGACAAGAGCGAAUCUAUACCACGAAAAGCCAGAGAUCGUGCCCGCCCUCCUGGAGCAGGGAGUGGUGCAGCCAAACAAGCAGCGGAUCAUUGAAGGCAAAACGCUUCGAGAGAGAGCUCAAAGCGCCCUCAACACGCUUAGGUCCAGGGCCCAAUCCGCAGAGAAGUUGGUAUGGAGGGUGGCGGACAACGAGUAG